GUGUACUUUUAUAUUUUUCAAUCAUGAAGGCCGUAGCGUGCACGUUGUUUGCUCUUUUGUUCGCAGUCGCUUACGCGAGUCCUGUGGCCCAAAUGAGGGAGGGAAAAACAGUGAGAUCGUUCCUGCACGGUGGCUACGCUGCCCUGCACGAUCGCGUCGAGGCUCUGCAAAAGCGACAGAUCGCCAGCGGCUGGACUGUGCCUCCUUUCCCGAGCGUGGAGCUACCUGCUCUGCCGGCUAGUAACCCAGUCGUGCCGAAAUUGGUGCGCUUCUUCGGCGCUCAGGAUCUGCAGUCGAGCCUGAGGAAGAGGCUCGCCGAGAUCGAGGCUACUCAGCAGAAACUCAUCGAGUACUUCAAACAGCUGAGAGAGCAUCAAUUCUUGAAACCACCAUGCGAUGAUGCCACCACCACCACAUCCACCACCGCCUCCAUGUCCAGUGAAUCAACAAGCACCUCGACCACCAGCGCACCCAAGGAAGAAGUCGUCACGGAAUCCGCAGAAAUCGUUUCCGCUGAAACCGUCGUCCCCUCGACAUCCGAAGAAACUGUCUCCUCCUCGACAGCUGCAGCUGAAGAAAUGGUCGUUUCUUCGUCAUCCGUGAAACCAGUCGAGGUCGAGAUCCGCAACAACAACGUCGAAGAGGGCACCGUGACCAGCACUGAAGCCGCCGUCACCACCACAGCCGAGCAAGCCGCCGUCACCGAAAAAAUGGGCGAAGAGAUGCACGUGCAUCCCACGACCGUCGAGCCAAUGGAAACAUCCACCGAAGUCGUCGAGGAGAUGAGCACCGAAGAAGUCGCGACGACUCAGACUAGUGCUUAAAUUGUUUUUUCAUUCGACUGAUAAUUUUUAAGGGUGUAAUUGUUGUAUGUGUUUGGUGCGAGCGAAUCGUGUGUGAGUGUGUGAUUAUUUGUUGUAAGCAAUUGUCGAGUAUAUUAAGGAAUACUUGUGAU